UAAUAAUAAUACUAAUGGAAGAUAAUUAAGAAUAAAAAAAACUAUUUGUAGGGUUUAAGAAUUCUGAACACUUGUCAAUUGAUAACCUAUUCACCGUGCUGUCUACUCGUUUCACAAACUUUUUUUGCUGUACUUUCAUUAUUCAUAAGAGUUUUUGUGUUCUUUAGUUCUUGUUGGCGUUGUCUUUCGCAGAAGAUGCCUCCGGUACCAACAAGAAGACACACCCCAGGAUGGGACAAAACAAUAAAGAAAAGAAAAGAGGAUGAGUUCAUAAAGACUCAACAGAAUUCUAUGCUAAAGUUUGUGAAAAGAACUAAAAUUGGUGGUGAUAAAUCUGGUGGAAACGAGCAUGUUAAUACUUCUGUUGAUGGUGGGUCUGAUGAUAAUGUGGCUGAUCAGCUAGAUGGUGAGAAUUUGAACGAGGUAGAAGAUGAGAAUUUGAAUGAGCAACAAGAUGAGAAUGUGGAUACGAAAGCACAAGAGGAUGAGAACAUAGAUGCAGGAGGUGAUUUUAAGGAAUCUCAUGGAAUUCCUGAUAUUUGUGAUCCAGCUAAUUGGGGGAAAAUUGAUCAGCAAUGGAUAGAUAUUAUGGUUAAAAAAGGACCUGGACCAAGACAGGAAAUUCACUACCACUUUCCUAGAGAAGAGAUUGGGGGUAGACAUUUUUCUCAUUCAUAUUAUACAAGAGAGCUCAGUAACGGAGAAAAACAAGAUAGGCGUUGGCUUGUGUAUUCAAAAACAUUAAACAAUCUUGAAGCUUCUCUAAAGCAUGGCAAUCAUUCAGAUGUUGAUGGGAAUGAUUUAUUUUACGAACUGAAAGUUCUAAAAGAGGUUUUACCAAAAGACUACAAGAGACCUAUCGAAGUGUUAGAUUUUCUGAAAACAAUGGAAGGUUGUUAUCCUAAUUCUUGGAUCGCUUAUCGGAUAUUGUUAACGGUUCAGUAUCUGUUGCCACUGCAGAAAGAAGUUUUUCAAAGUUGAAGUUGAUAAAAUCUUACCUUCGAUCAACUAUGUCACAAGAAAGAUUAAAUUCUUUGGCUAUCAUAUCUAUAGAGAGAGAAUUGGUUCGAGAGCUUGAUUAUGUGAGU